AUGGUUGAUGAUCUAAUUCAUGGUUCAAAGGCUGACUUGUGGAAUCUCGGAGUUUUAUGUUAUGAACUGUUGUUUGGUACAGUUCCAUUUUCAGGACCAGGUGGUUGCAAAGAAACUGCAAUCAUUAACAAUACUAUUACUACAAUUACUAAUGUAAAUUAUCCAAAUGAUAUUUUUCAAUUCACUGAAGAAGUUUCUCAAUACUCAAAUGAUGUUGAAAUGCAAGACGCAACAAAUCUUCAAAGUACCCCAUCACCUCCAAUUCCUAAUAAUAAAUUUAAUAAAAAGCCAAUGAAGUAA